CUGUUUUUGUCAUGGACGACAAUGGGAUUUCUGAUAGAUCAUCUUAUCUUCGCCGAUCGCCCAUGAUCCCACAACAACUUGGUCAUCAUUCCAUGAAAUCAAUCAUGUGACUAGCUCUGUCUCCUGGCUGUCAAUUCAUUUAAGAGCCACAAAACUUCAUCGAUGAUCUUCAUUUAUUUGGCAGCAAUUCUGCAAAAGCGAUGAUAUCGAGAAUGGACAUGUUUUGAGUGACAAAGAUGUAGGAAGAUCCGAUGCUAAUGCCUUGACUGGAAACAAAUCAAUGGCAUACAAGACAGCAGUUGUUUUUAUGUAAAGUUGUCAAUGGCGCUCUUCCUUUUUCUCGCCUCGCAAGUAAAAAAGAAAGUCACCUGAUAAGCACUUUCUUCAUUCACAAUGUUUAGUUUCUACUUUCCAGUCAUUAGGGAAGCUAAGUCUUGCAAUGGGCUAAUCAUCCAAAGCCAAGAAAGAGCACCUUGGUGGUUAAUACAUCACAUUGUAACCCAGUCCACCAUUUAUGAUUCACGAUAUAUUUUGGAAAUCACGUUACAACCUUGUUGGCUCAAUAUUAUCAAGGUACUUAUAUCUUUACAAGGCGAGUAGAUUAUCUUUACUUCGCAUGCUUUUGGAUUCUUUUGGAUUUAUUAUCUCUAUUAUAUACUACGUUUCGUCCACUGUUCAACCCUCUCUCUACACCUCAAAACGGAAAUCAUGAAGAUUAUCGACCCAACCACCGAGGCAGAGGAGAGACAUGCGAAGUACCACCUCAGUAAACCUCUUGAGCGUCACAUAGAUCUCAAAAUAGGAAUGAUUUCCAAGUGGCCAAAUCAAAUAUUUGCCAUUGUACUGAAGAAACAUUGCAGUCAUAAGGAUUAUUAUGGUAUCAUUGAGCUUUUGCAUGAGUUGGAUGAAUCUGAACUUAGAUCAGUCUUGUGGAGAGGUUUGGCUUGCAGGAACCUCUCAGAGUAUCGUGAUAUACAAUAUCCACAAAUCGAGCGGAAACCCGAAACACAACUUACAACCGGCGAUCGAACUUUCCCUUCCUUCAACAGAUUACCAACCGAAAUUCGAUUAGACAUAUGGGAAUACAUGUUCGCAGAUGACCUUGUCCCGAAAGUUCAUCAUUUAAACAAUACCAACCGCAAUACUGGAAAAAUCACAGACUCAAUCACAUCACAUCUCCCAUUUUCAAACAUUGUACAAGUCUGCAAGGAAUCUCGAGAAUGGUAUCUCUCUCGAACACAAAAUACUUGGGCAUUUGGGACCUACAUCAAUUCUCGCAGCGAUAUCAUAUACCUUACCCAACAAGUUGAAGCAUCCAACAUCCUUUACGAUACUCUUCUAUCAAGCCUUCAGAUGACAAAAGUCAAAAACUUGGCAUUGCGCCGAACAUGUCUUACCGAUAAUCCUCAAAAAACCUUUAAUCACGUCGAGGCACACGCAUAUCUCCGGGAAAAGCUUCCAUCCUUGGAAAACAUUUACGUCAUCAUAAAUGAGAUUCGAGAUUCAAAUACCGUUGAUAGAGACAACGACAUCAAGUUUCAGCAUCUCUCAGCAAGGCAAAAAAGAAAGUGGGUAGACGUAGGAUAUGCGAGAUCAUGGUUGAAAUGGUUGAAUGGGAUAAUGAUGGAUAGGGGCUACAACAGUGUUAAUCAUCAUUUUGUUAUGGUUGGUACUAAGUGCACGGAUCCACUAUCUUCGGAAUAUGGAGAGAUAACUUUUGUGAGAAGGAUUCGUGAUGGAACUCUCGAACUCUUUUGAAUUAAUGAUAGAGGACAUUUGCUACGUGGCUUUUGAUUCAUAAGUACAUCUAGGAUGCUUUGGUCGGAGUUAUUGCUGGAAUCAUUGCGAGGGAUUGGGAUUGGGCUAGGUAUAUAGAUAUGAGUUUCAUCGUUUGCUCGCUUGCUUACUUAAGGAGCAAUAUCAUGUGUAUUGCUGGAUAUCACGGAGGUGUUGGAAGAUUGAAUGCAAAUUAUGGAUCUAAUAGAGUAGAUAGCGGGGAAGGGAUUAGAAAGGAAGGGCAGGCAUGUUAGCGGAGAAGUGUGCUCACGACUGGUUAGAAAUGCUUUCCAUCGAAGGAUAUUAUAUUUAGACGGGGCGUGGACUACCUGCAAGAGUAGUCUGUCACAUUCAUAGCCGAAUUAUAA